GAACAAAAAAAGGACCCCAAAAAACAGGUUCAGGAUUAGUUGGAGAAAGAGAGAUGUGCGGGGAGUAUUAGUCCCACAAACAACCAAAUGUCGAUCUUCAACUGCACCCAGGGCUGGAACGAAGAAAAGCAAGGACACUGUCAGUGACACACAGGACCUUGUUGAGGACAGGGAUCAUCAUCAAUCAGUUCUUUAUUUCCUUCUUCAAGCGGUCAAAGAAAUGUUACUCGAUGGUCAGCCAGCAGCCCCUGAGUGUGAGAAACACACAGAGGCAGAAGAUUGGGGAAUUCGAAAUGCCUGUUCUGCAGAGAGGUGGAAAGUGUCCCGCCCGCAUCUCAUCAACAGCAUGCUGUCAGAUGAGGCAGUGUUGCCCACCACCUGCCAGUGGUGUAUGCAAGGAGUGGCUGUGAUGAGGUGUAGUGAGUGCUUACCUCAGCAGUAUCUGUGCAUGGCCUGUGACAAAGAGCAACACACCAGACAUGUUCUGCACAACCAGAGAUCCCUGAUCUCAGGCUACCUCCACCCUGUGCCUCCCACCUCAUUUGUCAGCCAGGAUGCUGACGGGCAAUAUUCCCUAACCCACCAAGCUCAACUUCUACCUUUAGAGGUAUCAGCCUGCCAAACCUGCCAGCUCCCCAUGACUGUUAGUGUGGGGAGGUCCAUUGUUUUAGUGACCAUGAAUGGUGAGUUUUACACAUUUUCAUUUAAGGAUAACAAUCAUUUUAUUAAUCUCACAUGUGAACACGCCUACUCUUGCAGGUAGCAGUGAAUAUCAACAAACACAUAUAUAUUGCCAUUAAAUUAUGUCCUGUGACAUUAUUACCACUUUGGGUCGCUAUGAUCUUGUCCUCCCUGAAGCACAUUGUCAAUGUUGUGCCUCUCACUGGACACCUGCGCUGGAAGACGUUGUGCCAAGUGGGUACUGACCAGGGACGGUCAACUUCAAUAGCCUUGUUUCAUGUUGACGUUUUCCAGUCAUACCUUGAGUUAAAAAUGUCAGCACCUGGACUGUCCCGUCUGGCAUUUACCACAAUGCUAGACAAAAAAAACAGCCGCUUUGGAAGAGUGAGUACCGUGUGUGGCACUAAUAGUGGAUAUAUUCAUCACUGCCUGAGUGGUAAAAUAUCUGGAGACACUUUCCACCAAAGUGUCAUGGAAUGGGCCAUCUGCAGAUAUGAGGUUGACAAGAUUUGCCAGGAGCAGCUGUUUGUCUGCCCUCCAUGCACUCCCGAAAUGCUUGCGGUAGCAGUGGAGUUGCAGAAGAAGAUGGAGGAAAUGUCUGCCAGUAUCAGGCAGAGGACUCAUCGGCUGUACAGGCAGAAUGACACAAACAAGGGUCGCCACAGGAUGAGAGACAAAAUAAGAGAAGAGAAAGGGAAGCUGGCUGCUCUGGUCCUGGAACAUAAUACACUUGUCCAGCCAUCCGAAAGAGUGGAGGCAGUGGAGUUAAUCUUCCAGCCGGAAUACAUAUUCCCCUGGCACGUUCCAACAUCUGAUACUGACAUUCUCACAAAAAAGAAGGUCUUUGAGAAGGUCAUGGGUAUCCGGAGGCUGGAGGAGGAAGAAGUGGUCCUCGUCAAAGAGAUGAAGCAGCACUGGGAAUACCUGAAGAGACGUCUCGAGGUUUUGGAGCAGUCAAUCUCUGGUGACUGUUGGAACCUGUCACCAAAAGGGAGGAAGGGACUCCAAAGUUUGCGCCAGAGGAAACUCACAGAGAUGAAGUCUCACCAGGCUGUAGUGAGACAGACAUAUCUCCAACACCUUCACCUGGAUCUUACAGAACCUGACCUGGACCUGGAAGAACUCCUGGAAGAGGGCCAGGAAUGUUUAAGCUCUGACACCAGCUCAGAUGAUGACGACGAUGUCAACACCUAGGCAUCAACCGAAUAUCUGUUAUGCAUUUGAAUUUGGGUAUUG